UGUGGGGGUGGUUGCUUCAUAUGCGAUGCGCUAUUUGAAAAUCGUUAACAACGUCAGCAGCACAGUAGAACACAGCACAGCCAGCAGCAGCGACGUUGACGUCGACGUCGACGUCAACACCGACGCGGACACGGACACCGAUGGCGAUGCCGUUGCCGACACCGACACCGACACCGACACCGAUGCGAACGUAGUAGUUAGCGCAGCGUUAUGUUCGCAGUUACAGUUCGCAGUUGAGUUGCGACGGCGACGCAGUUCUCUUCCCACAUUGCGAUUGGAUCGACGACCACCCCGGUUGUGUGGUGCGGUGCGGUGCGGUGUGAGGCAAAACGUAAAAAAGUAAUCACAAAUCACUGCGAUAAGCGGCUAAAGCGGCAAUCGCAGCAACAGCAACAGCCGCAGCAACGGCAGCAGCAGCAAUUACGGUAGCAGCGCCGCAGCUGAUAAACAACGGCCGAGUUACAGCUACAGCCGCAGCUUAAGCUACACAACCAGCAGCAG